AGAAUGAAAGCGGGGCCGGCAGCCCCUUUGCGUGCGAACGAGCCGCCGCCCUGGCCCAGCAUCUUGAUGGCGCAGUGGCGAGGAUUGAGGCGAACGAUGGGCCGGCGGGCCAGCCACGACCGUCGACCACGUCGCGAACCCUGGCGGCUUUUCGUUUUCCGAUCAUGCAGAAGAGCGCCCCGCAGCAAGUUCAGGCCCCUGCGCUGCUGCUUUGGGGCCCUGCCUGCGCGGGCGCGUUCGUUGUGUGGCCAGAAGGCCACAGGGCUGCGCCCUCGAUUUAUCUGCCGGGGUUUCGGCCGUGGCCGGCGCCUACCGCCCUGCGCGGUCCCUUGCUCGAGUUUGGCAGGCCGCGCGCCCCCUUCGUCUGCCUCUCGAUAUUUCCGGCAUGCGCGGGCCUGGACUUUGAUUGAUUAAGCCCGGACGCCGCGCCGCCGCUGUUGCUUGCGCCACCCAUCUCUUCUCCCUGUGUGGAGGCUGCGACGCCGAGACGGGCUUGCAAAAUGAACUCGCUUCUUCCAUCUGAUGCUUUCGAGCUUGAUCCAGACAGCAAAGCCGCCGAACAAAUUGUAGUGCCCGCG